GGACUCGGGGGCGUUGGGUGCAGCGCCGCUGAGCGCGCGGCGUCCCGGGUGAGGGCGGCCGCGAGGAUGGCCGGGGCUGCAGGUGGAGCGCGCGCCCGACGGCUGGGGCUCCCCUCUGAGCGGCCGCAGCUCCUGCGCCUCCCCGGGGGGCCGCCCGAUCGGCGCCGCUGAGCCCAAGGACGGACUGACAGACCGUCCGCUCUUCCCCGCUCAAACCGGGAUCAUGACGGUCCCCAAGGAGAUGCCAGAGAAAUGGGCCCGGGCCGGGGCGCCCCCCUCCUGGAGCCGAAAGAAACCCUCUUGGGGGACAGAAGAAGAAAGGAGGGCGCGGGCCAAUGACCGAGAGUACAACGAGAAAUUUCAGUAUGCGAGUAACUGCAUCAAGACCUCCAAGUACAAUAUCCUCACCUUCCUGCCUGUCAACCUGUUUGAGCAGUUCCAGGAAGUUGCCAAUACCUACUUCCUGUUCCUUCUCAUUCUGCAGUUGAUCCCACAGAUCUCCUCCCUGUCCUGGUUCACCACCAUCGUGCCUUUGGUCCUCGUCCUCACCAUCACAGCUGUUAAAGACGCCACUGAUGACUACUCUCCUCCUUUGCAGUUCCGCCACAAGAGUGAUAACCAGGUGAAUAACCGUCAGUCUCUGGUGCUGAUCAAUGGAACCCUCCAGCAGGAGCAGUGGAUGAAUGUCUGUGUUGGUGACAUCAUCAAGCUGGAAAAUAACCAGUUUGUGGCGGCGGAUCUCCUCCUCCUUUCCAGCAGUGAGCCCCAUGGGCUGUGUUACAUAGAGACAGCAGAACUCGAUGGAGAGACCAACAUGAAAGUGCGUCAGGCAAUUCCAGUCACCUCGGAAUUGGGAGACAUCAGCAAGCUUGCCAAGUUCGAUGGCGAAGUGAUCUGCGAGCCUCCCAACAACAAGCUGGACAAAUUCAGUGGCGCCCUCUACUGGAAGGAGAACAAGUUUCCUCUGAGCAACCAGAACAUGCUGCUGCGGGGCUGCGUGCUGCGAAACACCGAGUGGUGCUUCGGCCUGGUCAUCUUUGCAGGUCCUGACACUAAGCUGAUGCAGAACAGCGGCAGGACGAAAUUCAAGAGAACAAGUAUUGACCGCCUCAUGAAUACCCUGGUGCUCUGGAUUUUUGGGUUCCUGGUCUGCAUGGGGGUGAUCCUGGCCAUUGGCAAUGCCAUCUGGGAGCACGAGGUCGGGAUGCGUUUCCAGGUGUACCUGCCCUGGGACGAGGCUGUGGACAGUGCCUUUUUCUCUGGCUUCCUCUCCUUCUGGUCCUACAUCAUCAUCCUCAACACCGUUGUGCCCAUAUCGCUGUAUGUCAGUGUGGAGGUCAUUCGCCUGGGUCACAGCUACUUCAUCAACUGGGACAAGAAGAUGUUCUGUGCGAAGAAGCGGACGCCCGCGGAGGCCCGCACGACCACGCUGAACGAAGAGCUGGGUCAGGUAGAGCACAUCUUCUCCGACAAGACGGGGACUCUCACCCAAAACAUCAUGGUCUUCAACAAGUGCUCCAUCAACGGCCGGAGCUACGGGGACGUGUUCGAUGUCCUGGGACACAAGGCUGAAUUGGGAGAGAGGCCUGAACCCGUCGACUUCUCCUUCAAUCCUCUGGCCGACAAGAAGUUCUUAUUUUGGGACCCCACGCUCUUGGAGGCUGUCAAGGCGGGGGACCCCCACACUCACGAGUUCUUCCGCCUCCUCUCCCUGUGUCAUACUGUCAUGUCAGAAGAAAAGAACGAAGGGGAGCUGUACUAUAAAGCGCAGUCCCCGGACGAGGGAGCCCUCGUCACGGCGGCCAGGAACUUUGGUUUCGUGUUCCGCUCUCGUACCCCCAAAACCAUCACUGUCCACGAGAUGGGCACAGCCAUCACGUACCAGCUGCUGGCCAUCCUGGAUUUCAACAACAUCCGCAAGCGGAUGUCGGUCAUAGUGCGGAAUCCCGAGGGGAAGAUCCGACUGUACUGCAAGGGGGCCGAUACCAUCCUGCUGGAUAGACUGCACCCCUCCACCCAAGAGCUGCUCAACACCACCACUGACCACCUGAAUGAAUAUGCAGGGGAAGGGCUGAGGACCCUGGUACUGGCCUAUAAGGACCUGGAUGAAGAGUACUAUGAAGAAUGGGCGGACAGACGACUCCAGGCCAGCCUGGCCCUGGACAACCGGGAGGACAGGCUGGCCAGCGUCUACGAGGAGAUCGAGAGCGACAUGAUGCUGCUAGGUGCAACGGCCAUCGAGGACAAGCUUCAGCAAGGGGUUCCAGAGACCAUCGCUCUGCUGACGCUAGCCAACAUCAAGAUAUGGGUGCUGACCGGAGACAAGCAAGAGACGGCUGUGAACAUUGGCUAUUCCUGUAAGAUGCUGACGGACGACAUGACGGAGGUGUUCAUCGUCACAGGCCACACCGUCCUGGAAGUGCGGGAGGAGCUCAGGAAAGCCCGGGAGAAGAUGAUGGACACAUCCCGUGCCGUAGGCAACGGCUUCACCUACCAGGAGAAGCUUUCUUCUUCCAAGCUCACGUCUGUCCUGGAAGCCGUCGCCGGGGAAUAUGCCCUGGUCAUCAACGGGCACAGCCUGGCCCAUGCAUUAGAGGCGGACAUGGAGCUGGAGUUUCUGGAGACGGCCUGUGCCUGCAAAGCUGUCAUCUGCUGCCGGGUGACCCCCUUGCAGAAGGCGCAAGUGGUGGAGCUGGUGAAGAAGUACAAGAAGGCCGUGACACUCGCCAUCGGGGACGGAGCCAAUGAUGUCAGCAUGAUCAAAACAGCCCACAUUGGUGUGGGCAUCAGCGGGCAAGAAGGGAUCCAGGCUGUCCUGGCCUCAGACUACUCCUUCUCACAGUUCAAGUUCCUGCAGCGCCUCCUGCUGGUGCACGGGCGCUGGUCCUACCUGCGCAUGUGCAAGUUCCUCUGCUAUUUCUUCUACAAGAAUUUUGCUUUCACCAUGGUCCACUUCUGGUUCGGCUUCUUCUGCGGCUUCUCGGCCCAGACCGUCUACGACCAGUAUUUCAUCACCCUUUAUAACAUCGUGUACACCUCCCUCCCGGUCCUGGCAAUGGGGGUCUUCGAUCAGGACGUCCCUGAGCAGCGGAGCAUGGAGUACCCGAAGCUGUACGAGCCCGGCCAGCUGAACCUGCUGUUCAACAAGCGGGAGUUCUUCAUCUGCAUAGCCCAGGGCAUCUACACCUCCGUGCUCUUGUUCUUCAUCCCCUACGGGGUGUUCGCCGAGGCCACCCGCGAUGAUGGCACCCAGCUGGCUGACUACCAGUCCUUCGCCGUCACCGUGGCUACCUCGCUGGUCAUCGUGGUCAGCGUGCAGAUUGGGCUGGACACGGGCUACUGGACGGCCAUCAACCACUUCUUCAUCUGGGGCAGCCUGGCCGUGUACUUCACUAUCCUCUUCGCCAUGCACAGCAACGGGCUCUUCAGCAUGUUUCCCAACCAGUUCCGGUUUGUGGGUAAUGCUCAGAACACCCUGGCCCAGCCCACGGUAUGGCUGACUAUCGCGCUCACCACGGUCAUCUGCAUCCUACCUGUGGUUGCCUUUCGAUUCCUCAAACUAAACCUGAAGCCGGACCUCUCCGACACGGUCCGCUACACCCAGCUGGUGAGGAAGAAGCACAAGGCCCAGCACCGCUGCCUGCGACGUGUGGGGCGCACAGGGUCCCGGCGCUCGGGCUAUGCCUUCUCCCACCAGGAGGGCUUCGGGGAGCUCAUCAUGUCCGGGAAAAACAUGCGGCUCAGCUCCCUGGCUCUCUCCAGCUUCACCGCCCGCUCCAGCUCCAGCUGGAUCGAGAGCCUGCGCCGGAAGAAGAGUGACAGCGCCAGCAGCCCCAGCGGAGGGGCCGACAAGCCCCUCAAGGGGUGAAGGCUGGGAAUGGGACGCCCAGCGCCAGGCUCAGAGCACCCAGGGCAGGCCGGCCGCCGACAGGGCCGCGUCUAAGAACUGCGGGCCUCGUCCCUUGCCUCUCCCAUCUUCCUGGUGGACUCUGUCCUGCUGGUCCCCC